UGAGUGUUUGCUCAGCGGUAGAGUAAGAGCGCGGGCUCCAUGCUUUCCCUACAGGACAGGUAAACACAGCAGCAUGUCGCGGAGUGAAGCCGCGCGGGGCGGCUGAAGGUCUUAUGGAUGCUGUUGUAACCCCCCAGAUCCAGAAGAUGCCUCCUGUGGAAGACGGAGAUCUGGUGGUGUUGCCGCCAGACUCUGUGGACGCUGGCACUCAGAGAUGUCGUCUGGGUCCUGCAGUGAUGGAGGAGCUGGGGCUGAAGCUGGGUUCUCCGCUUCUCAUCCUGCUGCCCCGGGGGUCCUGCCUCUGCACCGCAUGGCCUCGGAGUGACCUCGCUAAUGGAUACCUGCAGUUCCAAACCACCUGCGCUGGAGUAAACCUCAUCAACUAUGAUGCAAUGAAGCUCAGCACCCAACCAACGCCUCAGUCUGAAAACAGCUACGCUGGAUUCAAUAUCAAUUUAAUGAAACUCCAGUGCCUCCAGAGGAUGAAAAUUAAGCCACUAACCUGCCCACGUCUUAAGCGCUUGUCUGUGAAGGUUCUGGUGCAGAGUUCUGAAACUGAGCCCAUCCAGUACAUUCAGGAGCUCGCAAAGGAGCUACUGAUGGGUCUGUAUGUGCACGAGAAGCACUUGGUGAGUGUUGCGAGAGCUGGGACUCAGAUUCAGUUCAUAGAGGUGGAGAAGGUGAACUCUGGCUCGCAAAAAGCUGGACUGGUCACUGCCGAGACCCGCCUGGACUUGAGCUCGGUUCAGACAGUUCAGAAGUACAGACAGGCUUUGAGAAAGACUCCUUCUGUGCCCUUGGGCGGAGUCGAGGAGGUGCUUUCUUCUCUAAAAGAGAUGCUAACGGUUCCGCUGCACUAUCCAGGCAGCUUAAAGCGUCUAGGCCUGCCCUGUCCACGGGGGGCGCUGUUGGUGGGGCCGCCAGGGGUGGGAAAGACCCAGCUGGUCCGAAAUGUGGUGCAGAAAGUCGGAGCAGCGCUGGUGACCAUAAACGGCCCUGUGGUGGUGGGGUCACGCCCUGGAGAGAGCGAAGAGAACCUGCGCAGGGCGUUCGACCGUGCUCGGGCGGCGGCGCUGGACGGUCCAUGUGUUUUGUUUAUUGAUGAGAUCGAUGCUCUCUGUCCGAGGAGGAGUGAAUCUGGCAGCACUCCAGAAAAUCGUAUCGUAGCUCAGCUGCUGACGCUCAUGGAUGGGAUCGGCAGCGAUGAAAGUUUCAUCAUCAUCGCAGCGACCAAUCAGCCUGACACACUGGACCCGGCCCUCAGGAGACCUGGCCGGUUCGACAGAGAGGUGGUGGUGGGUGUUCCCACGUUACAGCAGAGGUUCCGGAUUCUGCAGUGUGUGAGCCGUGGUUUACCACUGUCUUCUACUGUGGACCUGCAGACCAUCGCUGAGAUGACCACUGGUUAUGUUGGAGCUGAUCUGAGCGCGCUCUGUAGGGAGGCAGCGCUGCAGGCUAUACUGCACACUGCACAGGGUGGAGCUGAGAACACAAAUGAGUCUGUGGGGCAGGAGCAUUUCGACAGAGCUCUGAGGUUAGUCCCACCCUCCUGUCUGCGCAGCAGUGUGGGCGUGGCCGACUUUCAGCCUGUCAGCUGGGAGCGAAUAGGGGGGCUGGAAGACGUCAAACUCAAACUAAAGCAGAGCAUUGAGUGGCCAAUGAAGUUCCCUGAGGCUCUGGUGCGGAUGGGGGUACGUGGGCCGCGGGGUGUUCUGCUGUAUGGCCCCCCCGGCUGUGCCAAGACCACCCUGGUUAAAGCUGCAGCUUCUGCAUCACACUGCAGCUUCCUCACUCUCAGCGGAGCUCAGCUCUACUCUCCAUACGUAGGAGACUCAGAGAGAACACUGUCACAGCUCUUCCAGCAGGCCCGGGCGUGCUCGCCCUCCGUCGUGUUUCUGGAUGAGAUCGACAGCAUGGUGGGUAGUCGUGGUGAUGGUCAUAGCGGGGUGCAGGCGCAGGUUCUGUCGGUGCUGCUGAACGAGCUGGACGGCGUGGGCUUCAAGACCACCGAGAGACGAGCGCAGACAAAGACUGUCCUGACUGAGGGAGAGGAACAGGAGACUGCUGGAGAGAGACGGAUGGAGCUGCAAGAGAUGUGUAAUAAGGACGUGAUGAUAGUGGCUGCCACUAACAGGCCGGAUACUCUGGACAGCGCUUUACUCCGCCCCGGACGACUGGACCACAUCAUAUACGUCCCACCACCUGACCCACAGGCUCGGCUGGCCAUUCUGCAACUCCACACACAGAAAAUACCGUUAAAUUCUGACGUGAAUUUGAUGGAUUUGGCAACCCAGACACACCUGUUUUCUGGAGCCGAUCUGGAAAAUCUCUGCAAAGAGGCAGCACUAUUGGCUCUUAAUGAGGAGGGGAUGGAUGUGUCGGCUGUUCAGCAGAAGCACUUCCUGAAAGCGCUGGAACGUGUCAGCCCUUCUCUGACUGCCCACCAACUCCUACAGUACCAGCAUCUCUUCAGCACAGGACUGAGCUGUAGUUAGUGCCGUGCAGUCUCUUCAGUUAAAGGAGAAGUCUGAUGUGAAAUGGACUUGUAGUGAAAUGUGAUGAUGAGUAUGAACUUUUGUUGAAAAGCUUACCUCCAUUUUCCCCCAGCGUUCUGAAAUACAGCACUUUUAGCUGAUGCUCCCAACAGGCUUAUAAUGGUAAAGAUAGGGGCAUAGAGUUACCCAUGCAAAGAAAUCACUAUUUUUACACCAUUAACAAACUCAAAGUAGCUCCACACUGUUAGAAUUCAGAGGGAGUCUGUUUCCCUAUCCUACCUAUUAAUUAAUGCUCAUCAGUUCAUUUAUCUUGACUUAAUUUCAAGAUGGCGGCACCUGGAGAAAUAGCUGAAGGUUCUCAGUGCCUCAUUUUAAAUAUUAGGGCCCUCAGAAUUCUACCAAUGUAGUGUGGAGCUACUUUGAGCUUGUUAAUGGUGUAAAAAUAGCCAUUUCUUUGCAAGGAAAAACAAUAAGCCUCUAUUUCAGAAUGCUGGGGGUGAAUGGAGGUGGGCUAUUCAACAAAAGUUCACACUCCUUAUUAUGUUUCACUACAACCCAAGUUUACACAAGAUCAGCUCAGUGCAUUUAGCUUAGCAUAUUUACCUCAUUCAUUUAAAUCUGUGUGCUUUUUAAAUGAAGAGUGUAACUAGCUAUGCUAAUAUUAUUACUAUUAUUCAAUUAUUACUUAUGAUGACAAAUCAUGUGACCUGUUGAAUUAAAUUAAUGAAAUAAAAUUUAUUUCACUCCGAAA